UGGAACGAUUCAAUGAGCGAUUUGACAGAUGAUGUGGCCUAACAUCUUGUGAAUUUUAGUUUAUUUUAAUUUGUAGUCUAAAACAUGCCAAAAUGAUUGUAUUUAGAUUAAUUUUAUUUAUGUUGUUUGUUUCCUUACAUCACUGUCGAUUACCGGACAAGGUAUAUUGUGUUAACGAAGAAUGUAGCGAACCCAUAUCCAGAGCGAAAACAUUACUGAGCUACAACAGUGGCGACUCAGACCUAAUAUCAUUCAAGGCAAAUGCUGACGCGAUAGUGCUAAUGAAAUCAGCUGGUGCAAACCCCGACCUAUGGUACGCACGAAUCAACGGUCAAGAGGGAUUAGUGAACUCCAAGUUUCUUCGUGAAACCAAACUAUUUGUGAAAGCCCCGCCGGUUAUCAAGCCGUUUGAGGUUAAAGCUCAGCCGCUACCAGCUGUGCAGCCUGACAAAGUUCAGCAAGCCCAUGAAGUGAUUGAUGGGACUACUAUUUAUACUACAGAGCCACCAACCACCGUUCCACAACAAGACAAUCCACCUGAAGUGCCUCAGAGUGAAAGUACACCCUCCUUGCCUCCUGCUGCUGAUGAAAAUGAGGUCCAACAAGAAGUGGUAGCUCCAACUGUUUAUAAUGACAGUGCUCAACCAUCUGUACCUAUCCCUGCACCUGAAAAUACUGCAAGUGAAACCAUUGAGGUGUCCAAUGUCCAAGAAAAACAAGAUUCUAUUGUAAUAGACAAUAACAAAAAUAUAGAAACUGUACCAAUUGAGACUAAAGAACCCACUCCUGUUGUGAGUCCUCCUGUAGUGCCGGCUAUUAAGCCACCAACUAUUCCAGCUUCUGUACCUGAGCAGGAAAUGCCUCAAGCUGAACUAAAUAUUGGAUCAGAAAAUAUUGAUAAUAUUAUUAAGACUGAAGCUAUUGAUAUAAAUAAUGCAAUACAAAAUGAGCCUGAGGCAUCUAUACUUCCAAUAGCUCAGCCUUUAUUAGCCAACCCUAGUGACAGUUCCAUGUUAUCUGAUAAUUUUGUUAAUGUGCCCGAGAAGAGCAACUUCAUUGAACCACCACCCACUCAGCCAGAAGCCACAGAAACUGAACAAAAUACUUCAACAAACAUAUUAAAUAACAUGGAAACUAUAACUGAAACUCAACCUGAGAUUCCUGAAGCCCAAGUGCCUAAUGAAAUUUUGUUGAACACGGAGCAAUCUAAGCCUAUGUUGGCCCAAAAUGAAGUGCCUAUUCCACCUCAAUUUGAUGAAGUUCCCCAGAAUGUAUUCAGCAACCCUCCAGAGAAUGUCAAUGGAGAAGCUGCACAUGAACCUAUGCCAACCCAGCCUCCACAGAAAGUUGAAGAACCUACUAUAGAGACUAUUGAACCAGUGCAAAGUUAUAUUUAUCCACCAAUAGAAGAGACUAUUCCUGAAACAAUUCCAGAACAAACCACUGCUGCCCCCAUAACAGACAGCCAAUAUAAUUACAUGCCGUCUGUAGCUGUCACAGAGGAACCAACUACAAGCAGCCCUAGUUACUACUCGGAGCCAAUAACAGAAGAGAGUGUUACUACAGAAGCAAUACCUCAGUAUGAUCCAACAGAAUCAACCACUGAGGCUGCUGCUCAAGAGGAUAGUUCCGAGGGAUUCCUCUCUGGCAUGUAUUCAACUAUUUCUGACAUGUGGCCGUCCUCCACGGAAUCUACACCCACUUCUGAAGGCUUGUACAUCACUGAAACAACUACAGAAUCAGUAGCAGAUAGCAAUGAGAAGCUAGAAAGUAUUUUGGAAGAAUUGACACCACCUCUACAUCCAGGGCAUAUCUAUCAUUCCCAAGAAAAUCAUGAGAGUGAGCCAGCGGAGCCAGUAGAAGAAGAGGGAGGUUUUUCAUUCCUGGGCUAUUUCACAUCUUUCUACUCCUCCCUGAUGGGUUGGAGUGAUGAAAAAGCUCUAUUUGCAUCACCAGGUGAGACUUGCUUCAAACAUGAGUUCCCCGAAGACGGAAGCCAAGGCAAGAACAGUCGUCUCCUCAUGUUCCUGCUGACCAGCGCUGGCUCCAUGCUGCUGUUCACUCUCGGCUACUACUACAUAGAUGUUAAGAGGCAAGACGGCAAGUUUGUGGGAAUGGUGAACUCAUUGCAAAGGGACUUGCUUUGUUCCACAAAGGAGUGUGAGAUCCUCAAAGAAGAGCUCACGACUACUAAAAGCAAGCUAGCCGGCAUCGAGGACAGUUCCUUCGGCAUGGACGACAUGGUCAAGUCUUUGAAAGACGAAAUCGAAGAGCUGAUGGCUCAAAACGAAAGACUGAGGCAUUCCUUAGACGAUAACGAGAAACUACUGCGAGUCUCAGAGAAUACUGCUGGGGAAUUGCAGAAUACAUUAGGAGAAGUGGAGAAUACAUUGAGUGAGCUUUUAGCUGAAAGGGCUCAGUCGGAAGAGCAUAUUGCGGAGUUGAACCAGAAGCUUCAAGCUUUUGAGGAGGAGUUAAUAUCAGUGAGUCGCGACCGGGACUCCUUCCAGCUUAAAUUCGUAUCCGCCGAAGCUGCCUUAGACGAUAUGAAGAGACAAAAGACGGAGCUUGAAGAGUUAAAUAAUAAGUUUUCUGACGCGGCCAACACUAUUGAGCUGCAGCGGCACGAAAUAUCGGCAUUGAAGGAUGCCCUGAAAGAGCUUCAAGCUGGCGGCUCGUCCAAUGUUGAUGUGUCGUCAUUGAUCGACCACACGGAAAUAAAAGCGCAACUGGCCAAGGCGCUAGAGGAGAAGAACUCAUUCGAAUCUAAGUUUAAAUCAGAGCUAGCGGAGCGCACCCGUCUAGCCGAGGAGUUGUCGGCCAACAGCGAAGCCCUAAGGGCGCGCGGGCAGCAGGCGGCCGAGGCCUGCACGCGGCUCGAGGUGCUCGAGAAGUACUUCCAGGAGAGGGAGGCUGAGCUUAUGAAAGAGCUAUCGACGAAAGAAGCGUUAUACCUGAGCAAGAAGGGAGAAUCGGCGAGCACGGUCGAGAAGAUAGAACUGCUGCAACAAGAGGUUCAGCGAUUCAAAGAGAAAUGCGACGCGCUAACCCUAGAGCUCGCCGAACAGGAAUCCUCCCGGCGCACCACAGUGGCCGAACUCGAGUCCCGCGCCCAUACUGCGUGGCUGGAAGCCAGGGCUGCCAAGAGACAGGCGGCGGCGGAGCAGGAGGCGAGCGCCGUGCUGCGGAGGAAACUGGGCGCUCUCACUGCCGCCGCCGAGGGGCCCGCGUCGCCGCAACAUAGAAUAUCAUCCCCGCUAGAAGCGACAGAGGGCGCGAUCCCGCCGCUGCCGCUCGCGUUCCUACCGCCGCCGCUGCUGCCGCCGCCGCCGCUGCCGCGCCCGCCGCCGCUCGGCCGCCUGCCCUCACCGCAUCCGCCGAGAUACGGCGACCGUCGCUACUCGCCCGACAGUCGCUACUCUCCUGAGACACGCUACUCGCCCGAGUCGCGCUACUCGCCUGGCCGCUACUCGCCAGGGACCGUGCGGUACUCGCCUGAUAGUCGCUACUCGCCUGAUAGACGGCGGCGGCUUUCUAGGGAAAGAUACAGCAAAGAUGGCGGGCGCGGUUCGCGGCACAACGGGCCUGUGAUGGACACCGAGACGGAGGCCUACUCCGACAGCCCCACGCGGUCGCCGCGGCGGAGACGCUACUCCAGACAUUCAGGGCCUAGUUCCGGUUCCGGUUGUUCGUCAGAGUCAGAUAAGUAAUAAAUAACUUACAAUACGCAAUCCAAUAUUUGUAUUAGUAUAUGUAUUUAUUGUAUAAUGUAAAAAACAAACCGAACACCAUGUAUAAUAAACGCAAUUGACUAUUUAUAAGCAACCCGGAAAUAACUGUGAAAAUUCUUCCUUAUGUUGAUCAAUUAAUAUUUUUUACAUAUUAUAUGAUAUGAUUAUAAAUAAAAUACUUUAUCGUAUUAGGUUUUGGCUAUUAUGCUAAUUAGGAUAUUGUAAUUGGAAAUGCCACACUUUUAUAUAAAAUAUGCAUUUAGCAUUUUGUAAAUUGUGUAGGUGGGUAUGUUAUAUUUUCUUUGGAAGGCACCAAAGAUUUAUUUUUUCUAUCUGUACCUGAUGAUACCUAUCUUCGCUAAAUUCACUUUCAAACCGUUUAUGAUGUUCCUAUUCCUACACUAAAAUGCCAUUCGUUUUUUUCGUAAUCUAGUUAAUUACCUCUUGAAUAGGAUACUUACUUAUUAUGAAAUACUUAACUAUUAAUUCUAUCAUUCUAUCGUUACCGAAUUUUUAUUGGACAUUUUUUUGAGUAUCACAACUUACAAAUGCCUGUUAUUCCAAAUGAUGAGCAAUUUAACUUAUUGAAAUAAUUGUUUCGUUAGUCAUUAAUGUAUAAUAUUAGAUAUGAUUUUUAAAUAAAUGAUUUUAUUUAAA